UUAGGGCCUACUGUAAAUGGCUGACGCCAUAACCGUUGUUUGUGCAUGAAUUCUGAAUGAAGGAGACAUUACCUUAGUUUACCUCCUAUCCCACGAGGCAAGCCUCUAUUGUCUACCCCUGAAGAUCAUAAGAUGAGUCUACGUUUUACCUUGUAGGAUUGACUGACACUAUAUGUGGGAGCUUUUGUGGCACAGUGUUUUAUGCCUCGCAGUAAAUACUUCGCGCCUGAUUACAUCGCUUAAAACUUUCAGGGCUUUGCCAGUAUGGAUGUACCUGUAUGCGUUUCUCUCGAAAAUCUCGUGAAGGGUAUUGAUGAUACGACUCUAGACAAGGCCUUUGGACCCGACUCCUUGGGAAUCAUUAUUAUUAAAGACCUUCCUGACUUUUUUUCGGAGCUUAGAUUGAAGGUGCUCAAGAGUGCGUCGAUCUUAGCCAACCAGCCGGAGCAUGUAUUGCAACUGUUAGAGAAUGAAGAGAGUAUAUGGCUAACCGGUUGGUCAUGCGGAAAAGAGAUCUUGGGGUCGGGAAAACCAGACUAUGGUAAGGGCUCUUUCUAUGUGAAUUGUGCCUUUCAUCAGCAGGAUGACUUGGAAGGACCAAGGCUUGAUUUGUGUGAAAGGUACCCUAACUAUAAGGCAUAUACCUCUCCUAAUAUCUGGCCUCCGCCCAACAGUGGACUAGAAACCUUCAAAGGUGACAUGAAAAAGCUAUGUAGCUUCAUCAUCAGCGUGGCAGAGAAAGUGGCAGUUAACUGUGACAACUACAUCUCCAAGAGAUUUGAAUUACCGCCAGAUUACCUUCAAAACAUCGUACACACUUCUACGUGCACCAAGGCGAGACUAUUGCACUAUUAUCCUGUCAAAACCCAGGACCUGCUGGAAAAUGAUGACGAUUGGUGUGGUGAGCAUUUGGACCACUCUUGCAUUACAGGCUUAACCUCAGCAUUGUUUAUCGAUGAGUCCCAAGGCCUAACCAAUGACUUGCCACAGAAUCCAGACCCAAUUUCAGGGUUGUACAUCCGAAAUAGACAUAACCAGGUGGUUAAGGUGAGCAUCCCAAAGGAUUGUAUUGCUUUCCAAACCGGGAGCGCUUUGCAAGAAGUAUCCAAGGGCAAUUUCAGAGCAGUUUCUCACUUUGUCAAAGGGACUAAUUUACCUAGCAUCGCCAGAAAUACUUUGGCAGUAUUUUGUCAGCCAGAUUUGGAUCAGAGAGUCAAUGAUAAAGAGACUUUUGCCGAUUUUGCAACUAGAAUUUUGGCAGAAAAUCAUUAGGUUACUAUUUAUUUAAGAGGAAUGAGAUGCGAAAAUCGAAUCUUAACCUCAACAUCUUCCAUAUUAUGUAUAACAAUACAAUACCGGUCAUUAAUGAUACG